UCUUCGAUUUUUACUGCUGACGUGCCGCAACCGAAUUUGUUUACGCAUUAGAAGUGCAAAAUUCAGAAAUCUCAACAUGCUUGAUAUACAGACACACAUGGACUUUGUUGGCCAGGCGAAAGCUGAGCGCUGGUCCCGUUUAAUCAUAACAUUAUUUGGAGUUAUUGGUCUUAUAUAUGGCGCGUUUAUGCAGCAGUUUUCUCAAACUGUUUACGUGCUGGGUGCUGGGUUCCUGUUAUCUUCACUGAUUACCAUCCCACCGUGGCCGUUCUAUCGCAACAAUCCUCUGAAAUGGCAGAAACCGGUGAAUACCGAGCAGAAACAGCAGCCUGGCGAUUCCAGCGAUGAGGGCAAGAAGAAGAAGAAAUAGUUGAAGAUAUUUAAAUAAAACUAACUUCAAGUAA